AAUUGUAUCGUUUUGUCAUUUGAUUUCGCCGCCCGUACACACUGUUAUGCUGUCGUGUUAUCUUCUUCUUAUUCUUCUCUCCUCAUCGCAUACCCGACCCGACCCGAAUUCUUUCGUCAGAACGGAUCGAUCACAUUAACCGCACUCAUAAAUUCUCAUCCCUCUCUUAAGUCCGUAUCUCAAUUUCUCACUUUCCAAUCUCGUUACUAUUCAGGAUAUGGCGGAAGAUAUGGAAAUUGAUCAUAUUAUCGACGUUCCCGAUACCCCAGAGAGAUCAAAUGCAGGAAACAAUGAUCGAAAAUAUGUUGGUAAUCCGGAGAAGAGGGGUAGGGCCUUUCAUGUUCCUAAUGAAAUAAGUAAAUGCAACAAGUAUGUAAUAAUAUCCCCGGAUAAACCUUCCCCCUCUCAAAAUGCCUCCAUAUUUAGGAGAGCUCAAACUGAGAAAGUUUCUGGUGGACUUGGAACAUCACGCUCUAGUAAAGCUGAAAUGACGGAGAAAGGGAAAACUGUAAGCUCGAGGAUUCCUUCUAAGUCGUCUCACCAUGGACAUAUUUCUGUUUUCGAUUUGACUGGAGAGAAUGGGCAAUUCCAACAACCAAAACCAGCUUUCUCACACCGUGGAUCAAGAGAUAACACAAAUGAAGACAAGAAAGAAUUGAAAGCAAGUAUUGGGAAUACUUCACUACCCUUAAUUACUAAUUCAUCUAAUACAUCUAGAAAUGCUGUCACUGGAAAGUGUAAACUAGAUAACACAACACUUCCAGGUUCUAAUACUUUUAUGGACCGUGGCAAGAGUGUUUCUCUGUCUAAUGAUUCUCAAUCUCAGCCGAAAGCUGAAAAGCAAGUUUCUUUGUCUCCUCGUCUUUCCACUGCUCCAAGAGGUAGAGGGAACAGGAGAUUGGUACGAAAUGGGUGCAUUUCACCACAAAAUAUUGCAACAAGGGCAAAACAAUCAGCUGAACAGAGCAUCUUUCAAACCAAUAAUGUUGAACAGAUCUGUGCUGGGCAUUCAGUUUCUAGAAAUACAAUGUCUCCAAUUAGUGUUGAUGAUAUUGUUUCUGAAGAGAGACCUGGUGGUAGAUUGAAAGGAAAGGGAGUACUUAUUCAUCCUUCAUCAAAUGGAACUAUUCAGACUGAUAGCAGCAGCCCUGUGGUCAAUCUUGAAGAGGCCAGUGGUAGCAGUAAUAUACCAAGAAAUGGAUAUGAAAACUGGGAGAGACAAGGUGGUUGGAGAACUACACAUAAUGAUCAACACUUGUAUGAUGCGAAUGGGCAUCAUUCGAGGAGAAGUUACGUUGAAAGACUUACUCACAGACAAAAUAUGAACAGACUGGACAGAAGUGAUACUGGGAGCAGUCAAAAUGGCAAGGAUGUUCCAGCUUCACUGAUUAUUCCACAGGUAGGUCAGUCAACUGGACCCAGUACUACUGCUGACUCAGCGACUAAAAGGCCAAGGAAACGUGAAUCAUCUUCUAGAAAUCCUAAUGUAGCAUCUCAUAAUUCUAAAACUGUAUUCGUCAAUUCAUCCGGGGAAUCAUCAAGUUCAUCCAGAAGUUGUGGCAUGGAUCCUGAAUUAGCUGCGUUGUUAUCCAUACCAAGUUUCAAAAACGAACUUAAUGAAGGUUUAGAUGACAAUGACAACAAUAUUUCGGUAGCUCGGGCAAUGCAAUUAGAAGCAGAUGAGAGAUUGGCACGUGAACUCCAAGAACAACUAUAUAAUGAUGAUUAUUUUGAAGGCAGUUGGGUUGACGAACAUUUAGCACGGGUGCCGCAGGAUGCAGGGGGUCUUUUGCACACAUCUACUGAUAAUCAUCAGAUACCUCAUCAUACACGUAUUCCGGGGGAAAAUAGACAGCCCCGUUCACGACCUAAUCAAAAUCCUUCAAAUAGGAGGAGAACUGUGCCUCAAAUUCCUCUUUCUAAUAGAACGACACUGAGUCGCAUGACAACUCGAUCGUCAAGACCUACCAUAUCAUCUAGAGGAAGAGGAAGAGGAAGAGGAAGAGCAAGACUCCCUCGGUUUCCUCUAGAGAUGGACCUAGACAUGAGACUUGAUAUAUUGGAAGCAUUAGAGAAUGCGGUAGGGGAUUUUAAUGACCUGGGAAUGCCCGAUGACAUCCGUAAUGCUCAUCGUGAUUUCAAUGAAGAUGAUUAUGAAAUGUUAUUGGCUCUUGAUGAUCAUAAUCACCAGCAUACUGGUGCAUCUACCAAUCUGAUCAAUAGGUUACCACAGUCCACUGUCCAGACUGACAACUACACAGAGGAUUGUGCCGUAUGUCUCGAGACCCCUGUCAAGGGAGACACCAUUCGCCACCUUCCUUGUUUGCAUAAAUUUCACAAAGAUUGUAUUGAUCCUUGGCUUGGUAGGAAAAGUUCAUGCCCCGUGUGCAAGUCAUCUAUCACCUGAUUAUGCUUGAGAUUCAAACAGUCAAUUUAUCAUGCUGGGGUGUGUUAUCUCAGCUGUCCCGUUUUAUCAUUCAAGGUAUAAAGAAAAGCAUGAACAGUUUGUUUUUGCUUGGAAGUUGAAAUUGUAUUGCAAGUACACACUUCCUUUUCAUGGCGUACUAUUUUUUUGUCGUAGAUAUCAAAAAGUGAAUAGAAAGGCAUAGGAAAUCUGCAAGUUGAUAACCAUUUUGGUGCUGAUCAACUGUUGCUGUCUUUAGAUCUAUGGUUAGUUCUGGGAUUGCAUUUUAUGCUAACUGUUCUGAAUUGAAGUCCUGCUGCUGGUUGUAAUAGAGCCUUCGAGUCUGGAAAAUCCAAGGCUGUAUUAUUUGAAAGUUGGAUGUAUUACAACUUGAUGCAAAACACAUAAUCUGGAUUUGCAUGUGGUAAUGUUAAAGAUGUAUCAUUUUGCAAUUGCAAGAGCAUGUCUUUUUUACGUUCUUCUGAAUGUGUUCAA